CUUGCAGUUCUUGCUGGAAAUCAGGUGGAAGGGCGGCACCAUCAGCCUGAUUGUCCUUCUUUCUCGUGCGGUCUUCUUGGAAACAUAUCGUCUCCAUUUCGUCGGGCAAGUGAUCCACCUGGGUGCGGCUAUCGAUCUUACGAGCUGGUUUGCAGUGAUACCAAGGCUACGAUAUGCAUCGGGAGUGCAACUUACUAUGUGUCUGGUAUCAACUACAGUAAUUUUUCCUUCUGGGUUGUUGAUGCCAACUUGGAUUUACACAACAGCUGCCCUCUACCUCGGUGGAAUCCUCCAUACCCACACGACAACAUGGAAGUCGAAUUGGACCCCCUUGUAGAUGCUCGGGCUUGCUUUGUAAAAUGCUCUCAGGAAGUAAAGGGCACUGGUACGUACAUGCCUGUUGCUUGCCUAAGCACCAACGAUUCUUUUGUUUACGUGCUAACUGGCCUCAGAUCUACAUACAUGGAGUACCUUCAACCUUCUUGUGGGUACUUGGCCGUGACUCCUCGACCUUGGGACA